AUGUGGGGACCUAUGGAGAUUAAAGACAGCGUUUGCCGCUCGAGUUCCUGUUGGAGAGAGUUGACAAGCACUGUUGAAGUGGAAAACGUUGAUAUGACAGAAUCAUUGACAGUGACGCCGGCCAUGGAGGGGCUCCGGCACCAUCUCUCAUGUCUCAUCCCGACGUUUCUCAAGUGCAUCAAUUACACCCAACCUGCGAAGCAGAGUAAAGACGUCCUCCGAGAGGCCGUUCUCUCGAGAGGUCGCAAGGCGGGCGUACACGUCAAUCGGGACGAUGGCUCGAUGAUGAGAUUCGAGGCCGGCUUGGCUGUAGCUGCGGAGAUGUACCCCCUUCACCCUUUCGAUAUUCAGGUUCACAUCGGCUUCUUCACCUGGCUUGGAUUCAUCAUUGAUGACCUCAACGCCGAGCUAGGCCCAAACUUGGCAAACUUCCAGUCACGAUUCUCACGAGGAGAUCCGCAGCCCUGCAACGUCCUAGAGUGCUUUGCCGACGUCCUGAGGUCGACAAUAGACUACUAUGAUCCCGUUGUUGCUAAUCUGAUCGUACUGUCCGCGCUAGCUUUUGUCAACUCCAACGCCAUCGAGAUUCGCCGAGACUAUCAGACCAUUGUCCCUUCGAUGGAGGCUCCCAGCUGGCCCUACUAUUUCCGGGAAAAGGAGGGUCUUCCUGAAGUUUACACAUACUUUUGCUUCUACAGAGACAUAUGCCCUGAUAUAUCGCGCUUCAUGCCGGCGGCGCCAGAGAUGGGGAAGUUUAUCAACUUAACGAACGACAUAUUAUCGUUUUAUAAGGAGGAGAAGGCCGGAGAGAUCAGAAAUUACAUACACAAGAGCGCACUCAGUUCCGGUCGUAGUCCUCUCGAAGUACUAGAAUCAGCGAUUUCGGAAAGUGCGCUUGCUUACAGCCGAACCGAAGCAAUCUUGAGGGAUAGUCGUCCUUAUGAUGAGUUGUGGCAUGCCUAUGCAAUGGGAUAUAUAGCGAUGCACUUCAAUACCCGUCGAUACUACCUUUCAGAAAUAACAUUGUAG